AUGGCACGAGGCAGUUGCUGGCCGGAAGCCCUCGGUGUUUUACAGAUGAUGGAGGAAGAUCAGGUUCAGCCCAAUGUCAUCACCUUCAACGCCGCCAUCUCCUGCUGCGCCGUCAGCGGCGCCAGUGUCAGCGCUUGGCCAAGUGCCUUGCGACUGCUGGAGGAGAUGCAAGAGAAACAGCUCCAGGCGGACGUGAUCUCCUGCAGCAGUGCCAUGCGCGCCUGUCGUGGGGCCUGGCAACGAGCCAUGGAGGUCUUGGAAUUUAUGCAUGCGACGUCCAUGCGCUUGGAUGUGAUCUCUUACAAUUCAGCGAUCACUUCGUGUACUUCGUGCGAGAAAAGCUGGCAGGCGGCCCUCCAUUUGCUGCGCAGCAUGGCGGAUGUGAAGCUUCGACCGGUCACCAACAGUUACAAUGCUGCCAUCAGUGCCUGUGGAGGCCACUGGCAGCAUGCGCUGCUAUUGUUGCAGGAGCUUGGCCAACGCGCUGAUGCAGUGAGCUAUGCUGCAUGCAUCAGCAGCUGUGGAGGAGCUCACUGGGACUUGGCCCUUCACCUUCUGGCCAGCCUCUCCAGCGCUGAUGCCGUGGCGCUGGCAGCGGCACAAAACGCGCUGCUGAAAGCGGGGAAGUGGCGCCAUGCCUUGUGGCUGCUGGACGAGAUGCCACAGUGGUCCUUGAGCCCUCAGUCGGAGAAUCUGCACAUGGCCAUCAGUGCGUGUGACCGCGGAAAUCUGUGGCCUGUCGCUUUGGUCCUGCUGAAAGCCUCACCGAGCCUGGAGGGUUUCAAUGCGGCGAUCAACGCGCAACGGGGUUCGCCGACCUGGCGCCAGGCUAUCCAGCUAUUAGAACUAGCUCCAAGCUUGACAGUGCAGCCGGAUCUGAUCAGCUACAGCGCGGCCAUGAACGCUUGCACGAGCUCCUGGCCUUGUGCCUUGCAACUGCUGCAUGACCUGCGUCUCCGUCAGAUUGCGAGCAACGCGUUGACGAUGUCCUCAUGCCUGCGGGCCUGCGCCAUGGGCCAUCAAUGGCAGGUGUCUUUGUGUCUCUUUGAACAGAUGCUGCAGGAUGAUCAUUUGACGCUGCCGGCGUUCUGCGACCUUUUUCAGUCGACAACGACGCUUUCGGCGGGGCGAAGCGUAAGCGUCGCUUGCGUCGCUUGCGCUGUGGCUGACGACAUGGAAGCCUGGCUUUUGUGUCAUCUCCCGCAUGACUGACUUUGCCCAGGAAUCACGUACUGUAGCGAAAGGAAUUUGUGGCGCGAGCAUAUGCCACUUGAAACAAUUUGCACAUGGCUCUCACACUUGAACGUAC